UGAUUGCUGUGAUAGUCCAUCGUGCUUAGAUGACUCCCGAACGCCUCGUGGCAUAGCAGUUCUCUAGUCCUGCCGCGGCUUCUUCAACGACCCGCGCGUUAGGCUUCAUGCGCCAUCUAGCGACUGAUUUUGAAAGCAGACCGCAUGCAACAUUCAACUGUCGAGUCGGCUGCUGGCGCUGGCAAGGCAACGAAGAGCGAGACCAGGCGUGGGGCGUCAUGCUCCAAAUUUGUUCGAAUCAACCAAUCAGGGCAAUUUAACAAUGUCAUCAAACUUUGACGCCGAAAUUAACAUUUUUUAACAUAAUUUAGUGUAUUUUUGGAGCAUACCUUGUCCCUGCAUCACCUUAACAUGACGUCUUCGAUUGCUCUGUCACGUCUCUUCGUCAUAAGAAACAGUUUUCAAAAGCAGUGCCGAUAUGUUGUCAACCAAAUGUUUCACAGAUAUCUCUUGUACACCAAUGUUGGAAUAUCAAUCUCGCUCUCUGGCGUUGGUGACACAUUAGAGCAGCAUUACGAAAUUCUUCAAGGUCAAAAAGACAAAUGGGACACUACAAGAACUACAAGAAUGUCCAUAUCAGGAAUGACAGUAGGAGUAAUUUGUCACAAUUGGUAUAGAUAUUUAGAUUCUAGGUUGCCAGGAAGAACCCUCAGUAUAGUUGCAAAAAAAGUUCUAAUUGAUCAGGUAGUGUGCUCGCCCAUCUGCAUUGCAACAUUUUUCAUUACUCUUGGUAUAUUGGAGAGAGCAACAUGGGCAGAGACAAAAAAGGAAAUAAAAGACAAAGCCGGAAGACUGUAUGCCGCCGAAUGGGUUGUAUGGCCACCAGCCCAGGUCAUAAAUUUCUACAUUCUACCUCUAAGAUUCAGGGUUUUGUAUGACAAUACCAUAUCGCUUGGCUAUGAUGUAUAUACCUCUUAUGUAAAGCAUGACAAUGAAUCAGAGUCUGGAGAGGAAGAACAUAAUGAGACAACUUAAAUGAUGGGCCUCGAUCUGGUAACCAAAAUGGUACUUUUCUCUGUGAUACUUAGCUGUUUAAGUAAAUACUGUUCUUGACCUUUUGCCUCUGAAGGAGUACCCUGAUAUUUAUUUUCAUAAGAGUACCAGUCUGCAGCACUUAAAAUCAAUUAUUUAUCUAUUUUUAAUACUUAAAGUGGUUUGAAAUGAAAGCUGUGCAGUGAAACUGCUAUCACUAAGUUGCUAUCACUAACUUUAGGGGGACGGGGGGAAGGGGUCAAAAUAAAGUUAGAGAGUCUAUUUUAGCUCACUACUGUCCAGUUUGUGGGACAGACCAACAAUAUUCUUGCAUGGGGGUAAGCGAGGAUAGGCUAUUAAUGGGAUUCACCUUAAGUGACAGUGAUAUUUCCUCAGGUUCAUUGAAUGUUAUCUGUCAAUUAUUAAUUAAGAGUACAUUGAAGAAUGUAUAACAUUUGAUAGUUUUGUCAAAAGGGACACAAGUGGCCAGCUGCAUCCAUGAGUGGUCAAAGUGCAAAUUGUUAAUUAUAAGAGAAAUAAAUCAAAGGUAAAUCAUA